CACACACAUCCCACAAACAAGCGAGCCCACACAAUAACUUUUUGAGAUUUUUCCCAUUUUCAAUCUUUGGUAAGUUUCCGCAUUAUCGCAACCACCACCACAACAACCACCCACGAUUCCCGAUCCCAACCACCUUUGCGACCUCGACAACAUAUCGCAAAAAUGGCCACGGAAUUGACUGUUCAGUCGGAGCGUGCUUUCCAGAAGCAGCCCCAUAUCUUCCAGAACUCCAAGGUCAAGGCCAAGUCCUCGAGACCCGGCAAGGGUGGCCGAAGAUGGUACAAGGAUGUCGGUCUAGGCUUCCGAACCCCUAAGACCGCCAUUGAGGGCAGCUACAUUGACAAGAAGUGCCCCUUCACUGGUCUCGUCUCCAUCCGUGGCCGUAUCCUGACCGGCACCGUUGUCUCCACCAAGAUGCACCGAACCGUCAUCAUCCGACGCGAGUACCUCAAGUUCAUUCCCAAGUACGCCCGAUACGAGAAGCGACACAAGAACCUUGCCGCGCACGUUUCUCCCGCUUUCCGUGUUGAGGAGGGUGACCAGGUCACAGUCGGCCAAUGCCGACCUCUUAGCAAGACUAUCCGUUUCAACGUUCUCCGUGUGCUUCCCCGAACCGGCAAGGCGGUGAAGAAGUUCAGCAAGUUCUAGGUUGGGGAUCUUUCCUGGGCAUCGAUGGCGUUGUUACUUCAUGGUUCUUCACGAUCUCAGAUACGGAACGGGUGAUUCAUAGGCUUUCUGCUAGUGCACAGAGAUGCAACAUUGGCAGUUCUGAGAAAUAAAAAGGAUAUACCAG